AUGGCCCAGGAGACGGACGCUUCGGAUGAGCGAGACAAGGCCAGACUGUUGGAGGGCGCUGGUGACGAUGAGUUCGAGCUCGACGAUUUCGAGGAAGAAGAAGCCAUCAAGCAAGAGCAGGAGCACGAGACGCGGCCAAGAUGGCAGACACAUCAGACCACCAGCUGGCACGCGAUCACCGCAAAGCUGAGCAAGAGGAUGGUGGUGAUAGCUUGCGUAUGUAUCGUGCUCGUCGCAGGUCUUGUUUGGGUGCACCUUCCCAGCAGAGUGUCAAUCGACCCUGCCAUAAUGUCCCAUGCGAUUGACAACCUGAUCAAAGAUGCCAAUGCCACUUUCACGGCUAUGAUAGCUGAAGGCAACCCUGCCACAGUCGCAGAAGCAGCAGUAGCCUACCGAGCACGACGAGGUCGACAUCCUCCUCCCCAUUUUGACAAAUGGUUCGCGUGGGCGCAAGAGCAUGAGUGCACACAUAUUGAGUCCAUGUUUGACCAGGUAUACGAAGACAUUGAGCCGUUCUGGGGCGUGGAUGGAGCGAGAGUGCGCGCAGACGCUGCUUCCUGGCCGUUGAUACUUUCUGUUCGUGAUGGAGAGAUAGACCGAAGGCGUGUUCUGGCCCCGGAGUGGGGUUCAAGAGAUCUCGCGUGGGCAGAUAUGCUCAAGCAGAUUCCUUCUGACGGGCUUCCGGAUGUCGACAUGCCACUAAACAACGACGAUAAAGCGCAUAUCUUUGUGCCGUGGGAGGACGUCAAUCGCUACAUGGAAGCUGCUGUGAAGACUAAACAGCUACGUUCGGCCGAAGACAUGUCUCAAGAUUACUCGUCGUAUCCUGCACCUGAUGAACCCAGCUUCGACGUCUUUCCGGACUAUCCCUCCGAGGAGAAUAUGUGGCGGCUGGUACGAGAUACAUGUCACCCAGCCAGUCGUGCAAGAACUCUGGAACAAGACUCGGACUUUACGACACCUGCCGAAAAUCCCAAGCACAUUGGCGCUCACAUGUCUUCCGGCUUUGUCGCGAACUGGACCGCAUCGAAAUCUGCCUGCGAGGUUCCUGACAUCCGAAACGUACACGGCUUCUUCAUCAACAGCUUUCCCAGCUCACACAUGCACUGGAAGCGACCGGGAGACGAUGAUCGACUACUCACACGACACUUCUUCCCGAUGUUCUCCUCCGGCAAACUUCACGGCUCGAACAACGACAUCGUGAUUCCGCCCGCCACCUCAUGGGGUGAGACCUACUUCAGCGAAGACGAGACGCUUUGGGAGAAGAAGGACGACAAAGUCUUCUGGCGAGGAACGGCCACUGGGGGCAAGAACGACCGUACGAACUGGACGCGCUUCCAUCGCCAUCGCUUCAUCAGCAUGACCAACGGCACACAGGUCGCCAUGACCGAGCAGAAUCCUAAUCCACCCGCUCAUGUCCCUGGCGGAGAUCCACCUCUGCCGUAUAACAUUCCUCUCCCGGAUCCACAGAUGUAUCCGAUCGCUGCUACAACCGCUGAGAGGCCGUCGAAAUUGAGUAGCUGGAUCUCAAGCUGGGCUGCCACGGCCUUUGUCGACUUGAGCUGCGAUGAACAAGUCGAAAAUGUCACCAUCGAGGCCUUGUCCAAGGUGUGUCCGUACAAUUAUGAGUGGUAUACUUCGGUGGACCGUACACCCAUGGAGUACAUGUAUCGACACAAGUACCUUCCAGACAUCGACGGCCACGGCUACUCUGGUCGCUUUCGUUCAUUGAUGGACUCAGACUCCGUGCCUCUCAAAGCAACCAUCUGGGCGGAGUGGUCGACUUCGCGGCUGUAUGCUUGGAAACAUUUCGUGCCUAUGGAUAAUACUUUCAUGGAUCUGUACGGUUUGGUGGAGUACUUUCUAGGCUAUCAUCCCACUGCGGAAGGCAAAGCGGAAGCUGUGAGGGGAGGUCAUGACAAGGAAGCGAAAGCUAUUGCUGAUGCGGGGCGGGAGUGGGCGUCGAAGGUGUCGAGGAAAGAUGAUAUGGUGUUGUAUCUUUGGAGGGUGGUGUUGGAGUAUGCGAGGGCUGUGGAUGAUAGGAGGGAGGAGCUGGGUUAUGUACAGGAUAUACUUGACGACAGUGGUGUGUAG